CGCAGAUAAAUAAAUAAAUAAAAAGGUUUAAUCUCGGAGUGGAUGUGCAGCUAGGCCUGUUGGGCUUCAUUUUUUUCGGCGUUUCGCCAUGAUGCUGUGAACCUGUUCCAGCUCCUGCAGCUUGUCUGUGCAUCUAGAGCCCCACUGAAGCGCUGAGGAGGGAACAGCAGCAGCAGCAGCAGCGACGGCGGCGGCGGCUCUGCUGACCUGGAUGCGGAGGGGGAAAUAGGCCGCUGCUCGCUGUUUGGCUGGGCUAUAUCUGUUUUUUUGCCCACACCACCAUUACAUAAUUGACGCAGAAUCUCUUUUUGGGGCUAGCUUUACACUAAAAGGCUGAAUUUCGUCAUUAAGUGUAACGUUAUGUGUCGGCACCGCCGUAGCUAUUAGCGAUGGGUAGCCGUUGGCUAGCUAGCUGCCGAAAACCCGUCGCUAGCUCGCAAACCGAAACAUGGUUUUGUGGCAGAAUAAACGAUUCUCGCCAGACAGUCUGUUUAUUUUAACUUUGUUGGACGAUUUGAAACGUUAGCCACUCAGUUUUGGCCAAUAAGAUGGACGAAGUGUACCAUGUCGAAAAAAUAAUCCCUCAGCUUGCUAGCUAGCUAGCUAACGGUAAGCUUCCAGUGCUUUGGUUGUCAAGCGAUAUUUGAAAUAAAGUAGCGUUAGCGUUAGCUAGCCUGGCUUGUUGACAGGGCUCUUUUUACCUAAGGGGGGAACUAUCUUAGUUAACUAGCUAGCUGACUAACGAGUUGUCGUUAAACAGCAAGAAUUUAGGCUAAAGCAGAGUAUUUACAACCCCGUUUCGUGAAGGGAUGACGGUGAGGAGGCUGUUUGGACCGCUGUGAAUGGCACUGAUUAUGGGGCUUUUGGUGUUUGAUCCCGCUUUCGGUACAUAAACGCUUCAUAACGACUGGAGGGUUGUUUGUAAAGGUGACCAGCAGCCCUUCAUGCAGCACAUCGAUUUACCGGCUAGCUGCAGAGGCAAACAGGCGAGACCGAAACCCUGAAAUUUUGACUCGAAAGGAAAAAUGGCUCAAGAGGCGUUUCCUUUGCACUAUCUGGUCUGGAACAAUCAGUACCUGGAGCUCGACAGAGAGCUGAAGAAAAAGCAGGAGGAUGUGGAGCGCGUGGACCCCCGUGGGCGCACGCCGCUGGAACUGGCCGUUUGCCUUGGUCAUCUUGAGUCCGCUCGGGUGCUCCUGAGACACAACGCAGAUCCCACACACAGCAAUGCCCAGGGCUGGACAGUUUUACAGGAAGCAGUAAGCACAGGAGAUCCUGAGCUGGUGCAGCUGGUCCUCCAAUAUAGAGACUAUAAAAGAGCCACUGAGAGACUUGCAGGGAUUCCAGAGCUGCUCAGCAAACUGAGGCAGGCACGGGAUUUCUAUGUGGAGAUGAAGUGGGAGUUUACAAGUUGGGUGCCUCUGGUAUCUAAAGUGUGUCCGAGUGAUGUGUACCGUGUGUGGAAGAGUGGCUCAUGUUUGCGAGUGGACACUACUCUUCUGGGCUUUGAGCACAUGACCUGGCUCAAGGGCCGACGCAGCUACAUCUUUAAAGGUGGAGAGGGCGGGGCCAUGGUGAUGGAAGUGGACCAUGAGAAGCAGGUGGUGUACACAGAGCCGCUGUCUCUAUCACCACGUGAUGCUCCCUCUCUUCUCGCUGCCAUGCUGCCCUCACAGGAGAACACAGCACAAAGACUUACCUCUCCCAUUGUUUCUACGCACCUCAACACACGCAACAUCGCCUUUGAGAGGAACAAAUCUGGAAUUUGGGGCUGGCGCUCUGAGAAGACAGAGGUGGUCAGUGGAUAUGAGGCCAAGGUUUACAGUGCUAGUAAUGUAGAGCUGGUGACGCGCUCUCGAACCGAACAUCUCUCUGAUCAGGACAAGUCCAGAUGCAAAGGUUCCAGAACACCUCUUCAGUCUUUCCUUGGGAUUGCGGAGCAGCAUGUGUCUAACAAUGGGAGUCAGGUGUCCCAGUGUGCCAGCCCCCAUAACCCAACAGCCAUCACAGCAGAGGAAUACUUUGAUCCAGAGUUUAACCUGAAUGGUAGAGACAUCGGCCGGCCCAUAGAGCUCACCAGCAAAGUGCAGAGGUUUAAAGCCACAUUAUGGUUAAGUGAGGCCCACCCUUUGUCACUGGCUGAGCAGGUGACGCCCAUUAUUGACCUCAUGGCUAUCUCUAAUGCCCACUUUGCCAAACUGCGUGACUUCAUUACUCUGCGCUUACCGCCUGGCUUCCCUGUCAAAAUAGAGAUCCCCCUCUUCCAUGUGUUGAAUGCACGAGUGACUUUCAGUAAUCUAUGUGGUUGCGAUGAGCCGGUCAGCUCUGUUACUGUUCACUCUCCACAAGGAGCCCCCGAUGCAGGUCAGAGUCCUCCUCCCCUGAACUGUGAGGUUGAUCCCUCUGUGUUCGAGCCUCCCCCAGAUUACACAACACUUGGCCCUGGCCGCAGUGAGCCAAUGAGAGAUGAGGAUGACAACCUCCUGCAGUUCGCCAUUCAGCAAAGUCUACUGGAUGCAGGGACAGAAAGUGACCAGGUGACAAUAUGGGAAGCUCUCACUAACACUCGUCCCGUCUCUUCUCAACCUCCACUUUAUGAGGAGGAUUCUCAGCUUGAGAGGGCAAUCCAGGAGUCUCUGUCUCUGUCACUGGCUACAGGAGAGGGAAGGGAAUUGCCUGAUCCUGAACAACCUCUUUCAUGUUCACCUGACCCCGCCCUUAACUCACCUCCCUCCUAUGGCUCACUGGCUGACCCACGGGCGCCGGGGGCGUUUGCCGUGGUGUCCAGCUUUGAUGAGCAGCUGCGCCUAGCUAUGGAACUGUCAUGCAGAGAGCAGGAGGAGCUUGACAGAAAAAGGAGAGAAGAAGAAGAAGAGCUUGAAAGGAUACUGCAACUGUCACUCACAGAGAAGUAACCACAGUAUACAUAUAGGCAGGUUUUAAGGGUUAUUUAUUGGUUGUGCUUUUUUUCUGCAAUGUUAAAUUAUUCAUAAAGAUUCAUCCUUCCUUUUUAUUUUAUAAAGUCUUUGAAAUGGAACAGAGGGCUUGAUUAAAGGACCAGAAACAGAGAUAUAACACAUUAUAAAGAGAAAUCAGACAGUAGCCUGAUGAAUAAACACCAUGAAACAAAAAGCAUGGCAAGACAUUGUGAGUGAUGUCCUCUGAACUCCAGUGUCAUCAUUCUGAGUGAAAAAUGUUCAACCUUUAUGUUCAUUAUAAAAUGCUGAUCAUGUGAAUAUCACAUAUUGAUGACUAUGACGAUGCAUAAAGUGAUGAAAAUAAUGUUGCAUAAAAUAAGUUAAAUAUGGUGGCUGACAACAACAUGGAAGUAUAAUUAUUAAAUGUUCCUGAAACGCUUUCA